GAGCGAUCUCCCGUCGGAAAGUCUUAACUAUACGAAGGGGACAUAAUCAGCGUGGAUGGAAGUUCAACAGAUUUCACCGUACAGAAUAAUAUAGUGCAAGAGACUUUUAAGAUGCUUUUUAGUUUGUCCCCAAAUAUACAUGGGAUCGAAAGGACCAAAAAAUGGCACGAGGAUGCCUCAUUCUGGACGAGCUUUAUUUGUUCCGCAAGGAAUUCCAGGUCGUUUGGCAUCUAUCAGAUUUACACCAACUAUUCGUACCGAUUGAGAGAAUUCGUGAAGAGAUUUACGCCAAAUUUAUACAUGGAUUGUCAGUCGCUACUGUACCUGAGAACGUACAAGAUCUACUCGAGAGACUAUGCAGAUGGUAUAUUCAUAAUUCGUCAGACGAGAUACCCAAGAACAUCGAAGAGAGCUGUUAUCGAAAAUUCUAUAAGGCUAAAAGUGCCUGCUGAGGUCAGCGGAAGUGCUGGUAGCCAUUUCAUUGAUACCCCAGCAGUAACAGUCAUAUUGAUAGACAGCGAAGAGAGCUUGGUUGGAUUUUUGAAUCACGUUGUACCCGAGGAGUGGAACAAUACAAUGAAAUUUCUUAUUAUCAUGAUCACGGAUAACAAUGACUCGACGCAGGUAGAAAAUCCUAAACACGUGGCUGAUAAUAUAUUAAAGAGACUAUGGCGCGAAAGACAAAUACUCAAUGUUAUCUUUGUCGCUCCUUUCACGACCUUUGAAAGCUGCGCCUUCACGUACAAUCCAAUUUCAAGUUUCGCUGGACAGGAUAUAACGGGUGAGAUUGAAAUCUUCAAAUUUGAAUCGAGCGACAAGGCAGCGACGACGAUGGCGAAAAUUUACGCGCGAAAUUUAAAUAACCUUCAUGGAUAUCCAUUGAAGGUCGGUAUGUUCGAAAGAAUUCCUACGUCUCUCAGACUGGUGGAUAAAGUUGAUCACGGAUUCUUACAUUGCAAGAAGACAAUAAUAUUCACGGGUAUCGACGGUCUCAUGUUGGACACUGUUGCAGAGGCCAUGAAUUUUACAACGGUUAUCUACCGUCCCACGGAUGGAAUUGAAUUCGGCUACCAAAUGCAGAACGGGACAUACGUCGGUACUCUAGGUGACAUCGUAUCGAAAAAAAUUGACGUGUCCUUCAACGCCAUGUUUAUAAAGAAGUAUGGGAACGAUCCAAAUGCCAUAAAAUUCAGUUCGUACGUUGCAUUCGACAAAUUGUGUCUGGUGGUACCAAAAGCCUCGAAGAUACCACAAUGGCUUAGAAUCUUUCAAAGUUUCACCCCAACCUUAUGGCUAUAUCUUGGAAUCGUUCAGAUCGUCUGCGGCGCCACCUGGUACAUUAUACAAAGAAGAGAUCGGCCGAGUGAAAUAAAUUUUCUAGUAGUUCUACUGGAUACCACGUUACUGUUCGCCGGUGCACCGCGCCAUCUGCCAUUGAUAACAAGCGGCAGAAUCCUCAUAGGAAGUCUGCUCCUCCUGAGUGUCACGAUAACUGGAAUUUUUAACGGCAGCCUCUACAAGAGUUUCUCUACGGAUUCCUAUUACAAGGACAUCGAUGAAUUAAAGGACGUGGAUGAAUCUGGCUUACAGAUUGGUACGGGCUCGCCCAAUCUCCGCGACAUGUUCGGUUGUGAUAAUGAUUCCGAGAUUAUGGUAAACUUGCGAAAAAAAUUUAGCGUCAUCCCAAGCUCAGACAUCCCGGCUAUCGAGAGGACCGCUUAUUUUCGUAACUUUUCGGCUGUUGACAGGGAAAAUGAUCUCUUGUUACGUUUAAAUACUAAAUACAUUGAUCGUGACGGUAAUCAUAUGUUACAUAUCGUUUCCGAGUGUCCACGUACGUACUCCCUUGGAUAUGCGGGACAUAGGAAUUCAAUUUUUUUCGACAGAAUGAACGUCAUCAUAUCCAGAACCAUGGAAGCUGGUUUAACGAACUAUUGGUAUGCGUGGACUAUCGAUAAUUAUCUCCAAAAGAAUAGCACACGUCAGUUUAUUCGCACGCAACAAAAAUUCGUCGGAUUUCACCUGUACGACGUGCAAACGUCAUUUUUCAUAUUGGCAUUCGGACUUUUUUUGUCUCUCCUUGUAUUUAUCGGCGAACACGUUGUAGAACGAAGAGUCGAAAUUUAUUUUAAAAUGCGUCAAUGGUCUUGUAGCGUCUUUAAUAUACCUAGUGGCACGGAACGUAGGACUUAUGCGUGAAUAAAAAAAGAUUCGUAUUGAAAAAAUAUAAUUGUAUUAAAAAUCACUGUUACCAUACCUUAAUAGCAGAUACUGUAUUUUUAUUCAAAUAGGGAUAUCCCUGAAAUAUAUUUCUUUCCUUUUCUAACCAAGUACCUAAAAACAGCCCACGUACGCCUAUAACACUCGGUCUAACGUAUGAAAGCUCUAUUGUCCAAGUCGCAACUACCUUAACGUGUCCCGGACCGAUAAAUAAAUGAUUUUAUCUCA